AGAAAAAAGACGGAAGUAAAAAACCACUGACUGACUGACUGAACGAAAAAGUGGCACAAAAUUUUCUUCAAUUGAAACCGAUUUCUCCGUAAACGGCUAGCUAUUGGUUCCGACCACAAACACACGACUGUCUUUGUAUUGAGACAGAGAACAGAGACGUUUGUCCCACGAGCGAACACAAAAAGUUUCCGGAGCGUCAAAGAUGGUAUAAGCCGCCGUCAAGUAUGACAUCGAGGGCUGCAAAGGGCGACAGCAAACCUCCAGUAGCAGCUCAGAGAGAACCUCCUCUUGGUCCUGCCAAGCUUAAAGAUCGCAUCCAUCUUUUCGAAGGGUUGACGGCACAGUCAAACGGGAACGCUCAGAAGAACACAUCCUCGAACAACACCGAGGAGGUGCUGUUUGUCAGGCAUCCUAAAGUCGUCUCACUGGAUCAGAAACGAUGGACGCAGAUUGAAGUUGGGGCAGCAGACUCCAAAGUAACUCCAUGGCUUCAACAGCGUAUGGGGAAAGGUACUGUGGGUGGGCGUCCCGACGUGAAUCAAAACUCACCGAGCGAGGUUAAAAAUGUGAAGCCGCCACUUUUGUCACCCAAUCGGAGUAAAACGCUUGGUCAGGCCAGGAAUCGGUCACCGAUUGAUAAGCCGUUGUUGCCGUCCAAGCCAACAGGGUUGACCCUGACCACGAAGGGUCACUUUCUUUUUGGAGACUUCAAGGAUGGAAACAGCACCUCCAGCCCAAAACCAAAGACUGCGCCAGAAGAUCGGCACUCGAGUAAUGACUCUGAUUUAGUCUACAUAAAAGGCACUCCGGUAAAGUUACGGAAUAAUCGGAAGAGUUCAAGCGACUCUUCUGAGGUGCGGAAUUCUGUGUUGUUAAUGGUCAACAACUUUGAAAAUAAGGAAGACACAAAUGGGACCAACAUUGGACACGAGAAAAAGGUGGACAUCAGAAGACAAAGUGCGGACGUCAAUCGAGGUCUGAGGAAUGAAACAAGAACAAAAGGAGAGUUCUCCUCAAAGGAAUCAAAGGAGGAGGACUCUUUUCAGUUUACCCGAAGACGAUCGAAGAGUUUCUCGCACUACGUGCCGUCGGCAUCCGUCAAACCACAAGGGCCGCCAGCCAAACCACAAAGAACGUUUGAACAUGACAUCUACAUGGAAACUAAAAAGGUGCUCACCCAGAAAAAUCCACAGGACAGAUUGACAAGUACUCCAGUGGAGAGCACAGAGCACAAUGAAGAUGAUGAUGACAAAGAUUAUUUACUUCUAACCUCGUGCUCUUCUCCCCCUAAGCGUCCGUCGAUUGCCCCUCCUCCUCCCCCUUCGAAAACCCAAGACCAACCCCCAACAAAGACCUCUCCAGCAGGUCUUCCGGUCAAGACAAAAAAGCUCCCAGAUAUCCCGAACGUUGCGCCGUACUCACCAAAACAACCGCGAAUUCCAAGGAACAUUAAGAAAUACGAGGUCGAUAGACGCUCCUCACCAUCGCCACCUUCUCUGGUCCUCACCCCGACUGAAGAGCGCCCUCGGAGUGAAAGCGCUCUUGUGUCAUCCUCCAGGAAUCCGCCUUCUCGUCUGAGAGACUCUCACAGAUCCUUCUCGAGCGAGGAUGUCAGUAAGUUCUCCUCGCAUCAUUCCCCAGGGAAAGUCAACCCCAAGCUAUCAUCGGAGUACGCUGAGCCUGUCGUGCCGGACACCAUCAAGCAGGCCGUCAGCGAGGAAUGCCUCUUUUUGUCCGUGGAGGAUCAGAAAGCGAUUGUGGACUCGGAGGGGUACAGCAUCCCUGGAAGUCAUCUGUGGAAGAAGCCUCAACCUGUCGGAGAAAAGAGAGCGCUGAGUCUUCUCUGGAAGUCCACGCCUACCUCUCGCCAUACCGUUGACAUAUCUGAUCUAAGCCAACAACAGUCAGCAGUUCACCAGAAGCUCACAAGAGUGCGUAAGACCAGCAGCAAUAAGAAGGAAGCCGCUAGACACACCUACACUGAACCAGGCACACAUCUUGAAGAUGAGCAUUCAGAAACACCGCUGAGACAGAGGAGUAGACUGGUCACGAUGAGAAGAAAGAUCAAUGAUGCUUUCCGUCGACCAACAAAGACUGUAAAAUCUCACAUCGACGAUGACCGGGCUUCAGUGAAUUCUGGGGGAAGCGAAACAGAGGUUGAUGAAGAAGUGAUGCACAAAAGACUCACCCAUGCUCGGGCAGUGAAAAAGAGGUCCUCUGUCUACUGUAAUGCCAGCAAGUACCGUCGCAUCGUUCAGGAGGCAAAACUCUACGAUUAUCUUGUAGUCAUCUCCCUGGAGUUCAACGAAGAGACGAGACGGUAUCAGCCGGUGGAGAAAUAUCGCUACCCAGAAGAGGUGAGCGCCAGCCAAAAUGAUAAGUUACGUGCAAUACCACAUUUCUGUUUUCCGGACGCCUUCAAGUGGGCGCCUGUGGAAGAAUACCAAAGCGAGAGUUACUCGUUCGUUUUGACGAGUAUUGACGGCUCCAGGCUCUACGGAUAUAACAGAAGAUUAUUGCCCCCUGGUGACAAGCCACGCCUACCGGAGGUUUACUGCAUUAUCACCCCGGUCAGCUGUAGGUUACUUUUUACUCAACUACUCGACGAGAUCGAGAAGAGAAGGAUGAUCUCAAAGAGGGAGUCUUCUAAACUCAUAUCUGAAGCGUAUAAAAGACACGUGCCGCCUCCAGGCGGAACAACUACCAUAAUGCAAAUGGAAACGGACGGCAAAACCUCAUCAGUGAUGAAACCCCUCAGGUUACAGAGACCACAGGACUCCAGACUAGAGCAUGUUGACUUUGACUGUCUGUUUAGCUCCCUCAAGAUUCCUCAGGUCAUCCAGAUCUUCGCCUCGUUGCUCCUUGAGAGACGAGUGAUCAUGUGCUCGGGAAAACUCAGUAAACUUUCCAAGUGUUCCCAGGCCGUGGCAGCCCUCCUGUACCCGUUUGGCUGGCAGCAUGUCUACGUCCCCGUUCUACCCGAGAAACUAAUCGAUAUGGCGUGUUCCCCGACUCCAUACAUAAUGGGUAUGCUUUCACUGUGUAUUCCAAAGUUAGAUGAGCUUCCAAUUGAUGAGGUACUAAUCGUUGAUCUUGACUCGAAGGACUUCUACACGGUCGUAGGUGACGAGGAAACGAUACUCCCCAAGAAGCUCGCCUUAGCGCUGGAGAGAGCUCUAGAGAUCAUCCUGAGCUUCAGUAUUCUAGACGCAAACAGUGGGGAGGAGGAUGAACUAUCAUCCGAGGAUCAAGAGUCCAAAAACAAAGCCGUCUCCGAGGUCUUCAUCCACUUCUUCGUUGAGACCUGCGGCCACUACACCAACCACUUCUCCUCCAAUUACGACGGUAGUCUCAAGUUUGAUCGAGAGGCCUUCAUCAAGGUAGUGGGGUCGAGGAGCGUCAGACGCUUCCUUGAGGUAUUCACCGAGACUCAGAUGUUCUCUUUGUUCAUCCAGGAGAAGGAGGCAGAGGUUGAGGGCAUUGCUCAAGGUCUGUUCGAAACAAGGUUUAGAGAGUGGGAGGCAGAGUGUAAGCUUAACCAAAACAAAUUCGGCGCCAAAGUGAAGAAGAUCGGCAGAGCGGUCAAGGGAAUCUCAAGAGAUGGAGGGCAUAAAAUAGCCGGCACAGCGAAAGAUGUCCGGAUUAAAGUAAAGGCCAACUUGGACACCAAGGUCUGAAGGUCACGUGAACCCCUUCGCCUUGUCUCACCUCAACGAAUUCUGCUGGCAGAAUUCCCUCUUGGUGACAGGGCCUGGACUCUGAUCGAGAAGGGGGUCGGGGCAGAUUUGAGAUCGGGAAGGUCUUGUCAGCGUGUGAAGACGAUUUUGGUUUCAGAUCUUGCAAAGUCGAACCCCCUUAAUGACGAACAUGAACCCCUGACUAUGUUUUGAAGGGGGGAAGGUUAGAAGCGCAGCUUUGCUGGAAGCAAAUCUUACUGCUUGUGAGAAAGUUAGUUGUUUGGAUGGCCUCGGCUUUGGACAGUUUAAGAAAACAACUCUUCUAUUAUAGUAAUGCAGACGUUUUAUCAUGGAGAAUAUAAUUUAAAUUGUUUACAUGCAAACUACAGCUGAGAGAAAGAGAGCCUUGUACUCUCAAAAAUUUGACGCAGAGGUUAAGGAGCUGUAACUGUAAACAUCUGAUGAUUCAAUCAGAGAUUACUUCAGGCAUUUGUUACUGCAAUUUGCGGUAACUUCAAGCACAUAAAACUUCCAACAAUGGUAACGGCCAGGUCACACAGGCCCCGAAAACGAGAACGAAAACGAUCAAAAUUCAAACCUUUGAUUGGUUAAAAUGCUCCACGCAGAAUACGCCCACGCUCAUUCAACCAAUCGACGGCGUGGAUUUUGUAUCGUUUUCGUUAUCAUUCUCGUUUUUGUUCUAGUUAUCGGGGACUGUGUGACCGGUCUUUAACUUGGGUUCGAGAGAAAGACACACCCUUGUACUCUACAAAAUUGGACGCAGAAUAAACUGUGACGAGAGGCAGUAGCAAGGUGUGGUAACUGCAACUAGCACAAAACUUUGGCACUUGUCUUGUAAAUGAAGAAUGGUGAUCGCAAGGGCAGAAUUCGGCGGUAAGCAGAACCAUGAAAUUGACCCCAUUUCUUAGCAGAAAGCAAAAGUAAAGGUGAAAGGUCACACUCUGCAGGUCUUCUAUUGUGCUUAUAGCAUAGCCUAAAACUUAACGUGGUACGCCAUAAAAACCAUGCUUUGCAAACGAAAUUGCUAAGCAUGGUUUUUUUUUCCCGCUAAGCAGGUCUAUGAUAAUGUACCAAGCUUGGCUCUAGCUUCGAGAAAACUCCUGUACAUGCUUUUUUUAAUGAUCAGAUAAAGUACUUUUUUUUUAACUGAAAUUAAUUGGAUUUUGGUCUCGAGAGUUAUUCUCCUGACCUAAUAAUAAAUAAUAUAAAUUGUUAUUUCAUAGUGGAUUUGGAGAAAAUUGCAGUAUAUGAAUUUCCAAAGUGUUGCUUAACUUUUUUGUUUGUUUAAUCAAAAAAUAUAAAAAAAAUAAGACGAUUCUGUAACUAUGUAUUUGAUGUUUUUUUUUAAAAGAAUAUAAAGCAGCUAUGCAAAUGAAGUCAAUAACGCUUUGUUUGUAUGUAAUUGAAGUCAUUUAGCAUUUUUUUUUAAUGAAAAUGAUGUCUUCCUAUAGAAUGCAUUAUGCAUAAAUUAGAUUGUUUUUUUUAAGGCAGGUUGAUAACAUUUUUAAUUGUCAAAGACCAGUAUCCACAAUUUGUGUGAAGCUACGAAUACAUGAAACAACAGCCAGUGAAAGUUUAAGCUCAUCUGGUCUUUGAGGUCUCGAGAAAAUAAAAACAUACAACUUAAGAAUCAGUGAGCUUUCAGAUGGAAUGAACUUGAGAAACCUGGCUCUGGAGGAUUGGUACUGGUAUUUGGACCAUCCAUGUACUCUGCCGAUUAUAAAAACGAGUUUUUAUUGAGCUUAAGUUCUUCAGUGAAAUCAUUGUCGCAUUAUGCAAAAGUUAAACAUUUUUUCACAACAAUAUUUGGAGUACGUGUUCUUUGAUAUUUUAG